GAGUAACAGAGGCGGGAGGGGCUGAAACCUAAGAAGACCAGAGGAAGGACAGUGAAACCGUGGCGUCUGCGGCCGUCCUGAAAGCGCAAGUGUAAAGAUGAAGCCGUCUGUUACAGCUGCCCUGUGCCUGUCCCUUCUCUUAGUCGACAUUCAUCUCUCAUUGGCAGGCAAAACCAAACUGUCAAUUAAUCCGUUUAAGAAGACUAUUAAGACAAAAACUAAUCUGGAUGCCAAGACUAAAGAUUCAAUCCUGAAAAAGGCCAAACAACCCAACCCAAAUAAAGGAAAUUACCCUAAGCAACCAGGAGGAGACUAUCCCAACCAAGGAGGCUACCCUCAGCAGCCAGCAGGAAGUUAUCCUCAGUACCCAAACCAACAUGGAGGUCACCCCAACCCAGGUAGCUACCCUCAGUACCCAAACCAACAUGGAGGUCACCCCAACCCAGGUAGCUACCCUCAGUACCCAAACCAACAUGGAGGUCAUCCCAACCCAGGUAGCUACCCUCAGUACCCAAACCAACAUGGAGGUCAUCCCAACCCAGGUAGCUACCCUCAGUACCCAAACCAACAUGGAGGUUAUCCCAACCCAGGAAGCUACCCUCAGUAUCCAGGGAGAGGCUAUCCGCAGUAUCCAAACCAACACGGGGGCUAUCCGUACCGUGGAAGCUAUCCUCAGUACCCAAGCUACCCUGUCGGGGGUAAUCCAGCACCAGGCUACUCAUAUGGAGGAGGUUACGGAAGUUAUCCUGGUGGUUACAUCAACCAUAACCCAAACAACAAAAUCCUGAGCCCCCACUAUGGUGGCAGCUUUGGAUAUGGCGGAUAUGGCGGUGGAGGCGGUUCCCCUUUCUCUCACUCAGUUCAGAAAAUGGGAUUCGCUCCGUCCGAUAAAUCCAAAGGGUUCGGGCGCAGUGCAGUAAUGGCCGCGGCAGGAGGGGCAAUGGCAGGGAUGGCCCUGGGUUAUGGGUUAGGAAGGUUCCCCCGUCCCCAUUUUGACUUCCACAGCCCCCAGGAGGAGUACUACUACAACUACUACAUGUACAAGAGAUAUGGCGUAAAAUCCACUGACGGGGAUGACUACAGCAGGGACUACCAGUUCAGUCAACCACCUGAGACCUUUGACAGCUACAUGACCUCCUGCAUGAAGAGAACGGACCUUCUGCCAGGAGAGAACCAGAGGUCGAAACCCAGACCACUCACCACCACAAUUAAAACCACAAUUAAAACCAUAACAACCACCGCUGCAAUCACCACAACUACUACCGCUACAAGCAACACGAGUAACACCACUGCAGGAGGAAACUUCUCACCUGCCCCGAAUUCGACCAGCAACCCUCUCAAUAAGUCUGAGGUCCGUGCUACAACUCUGAGGGCUUCGCAGAUUCUCCACAACAAUGAAGCAAACGAUGACACAGUCAGCAUUGUGGAGAUUGGCUACCCGGCGCUGAUCAAACAGAUGAAGGUGAAACGAUGUACUGAGCUUUUUAUCGUUUACUCUGACAGGCACUUGAAGAAAAAGGUGCCGCCUUCCCCUAGCAGUGGGGCACAAAGGCUACAGAUGGGAUGGAGAGGGCUUCUUUCUGUAGUCGUGAGCACUACUAUGAUGCUGAUGAACUGCAACAUGUUAAUGCCUAACAACUAAAGCCUCCACUGGCUAGAAAGUGGAAGUAGAAAUCUUAGAGCCACAUUAUUAGAAUCUAGUUUUCACAUUAUUGGGAUUGUGUAUGGGAUUUAAAAUACAACAUAGAAAUAAAUUGUUAUAUAAAUAUAAACAGAAACCAUGUGGCAUUAGAGCUAAUUGACCUGAUUAACAGUAAAACUUACUUUUUCUACUUUUUUCUAUAUGAAAAGAGCAUCCAUUGAUGAAUGUAUUGAGGGUGAGAAAUAAGCAAUCAGACAUGAGAAUGAAGAAAUAUAAUCAUGCUUGCCCCAAUUACCCACAUGUCCCUUUACUCCACAUUCAUCCACCUUGUCCACAGACCCUGUUUUGACUUAGCUCACCUUCCACCAGAACUAGUUUACUGUGUAUUGCUAAGGUUUCUUUACCCACACAGGCUUUUUAUUCCCAAGCUACUUCUUCAAUCUUGGACACAGCCAUUAUGCUACUACAUUAGAAGGCAAAUUAGUCACGAUGCAGCAGUAAAGUGUUUUAAAGACACCGUCUUUCAUCAAAAUGAGUUUUUCUUGAGGCAAGGCAUUACUGAUUUCAACACUGGUUUAAAAUCAUGUCCAAUUGGUGAACAGGAUUUUCACUAUGGGAAAAUAUGAAUUUGUCUUGAUUGACUGAAGGCUCUUUUAUACAUGCACACGACACAUCAGUGGUACCAUGAAGGUUCUGACUAUAUUUUCAAGUAAUGGCCUUUACAUUGCUUACAUGCAUGACUUAACUACUGGUUUCAAGGCUCAAGCAGAACAUAAUUGUUUUUGCAGUUGACAAUGAUUAUCAGCUAAAGUUAUUUAUUGAGGAACUUUAAUCAUAGUAGCUAAAAGUCGCUGCUGCUGAGGCAAAGUCCUCGGCAACACCAAUCUUAAAAACAAAGAACAGAUCAUAAUAUUAAUAGUUUUAAUCUUCAUUUCUCAUAGAAACAUAUAUUCCAAUGAAAUUUGUCCUCUGCAUUUAAUUCAUCCCUUUUAGAGUCUGUGGAUUUUAAACCAGGGAACCUAUGCCCUUUUCAGGAUGCAAGUGCUCUGCCACUAGUCCACCACUCCCUAAUAAAUCUAAAGCAAGGGCCAAUAGGAGCUAAUGGCUAUUUUUCCCGUAGCGGCUAACUGCGGUGCAGGGCUAACACUUGCUUGUACGUAAUCAGGAACAAGGAGAUAUUUUAUUUUAGCUAUGUUAUUGUUAGCUAUGUUAUUUACUUUCUGUUAUCCUCCCACCGCUAACGAAUUGUUAGCUAAAGAUUUGAGUUUUCUGUCGUUUUUAUUUAUGUUGUCCUCAACAGAGCCACCGCUAACAACAUGUUAGCUAAAGAUGUUAUUCUUAUUUGCUUCCUCCUCUACAACACAGAUAUGGCUAGCAACAUUAUUGUUAGCAUCUCCUCUUAUAAAAAAAGAUUACAUUAUUUGAGUGGCUUGUAUAAAUUUAGGGUUUAAUCAUGUUGGUUAACCCCUCCAGCCACUGCAGCCGUGGAGACCCUCACUUAGGCCUAUGCUGAACAUGCCUAAUGACUGGCUUUUUGGCUUAAAAUUAUAUCAGUAAAAUGCAUUUUUUUUUGUUAUAAUGUCUUGAGUUGAAUGUAACCUAAACAUGACUAUGUGAGAAAACUGAUAUUUGCUAAAAGACAAACUAAUAGGUAGACACAACUGAGUGUAAUAGAUCCUGUAAGAAAGCAUCUAGACUUGGACUCUUGUUUUAUUUAUCCAAGAAAUCUGACCACUGAAUGUGUCUCUGGGGUUAGUUUGCACUCUGGUGCUGCACACUCUGUUGGUGACGAGUUAUGCAAAUAGACAGAAAUAUAAUCCUAUCAACAGAAACUUUACCAUGGUCGGGGUCUAAUUCAAUAAGAUCAGAGGAAACAUGUACAUAUUUGGGUCUAUGUUGAAUUGCAAGAAUAAUAUAAACCUUAUUUUCACCAUUUUAUCAAUCUAACUACACCUUUAGUCACUGCAAAUUUAAGUAAAAUACAUAAUAUUACUGAUUACGCCUGUCGGUCUUUAUAUUGUUUUGUUUCAGUAGAUCUCUCACAGACAUAUCAAAUGUUAUUUUACAAUGUUCUGUAUGCUUUGUGUUUUUUCUCUAGAUUUCUGUACUCUUGUUUGUAUAUUGGUUUUGUCUGCAGAAAAGAUACUAAAGAGGAGACACAUUUUUGGUU